CACCCCCACCUCUACAUCUCUUGCAGUGAAACCCUAAAGCCCGAUUUCAAGUUUCGUAUCGGAGCUGCUGUUUCGCCAUUUCUGAAGGAUUUUGAUGGUAUAAUUCCGGCCUAUACAUUGAUUUGCCGAGAUAGGGGCUUCGGAGUUGUUAAAAUGGCGGAGGCUUCGAGUUCUCGAAUUACAAUCACCCUAGGACGCAGCGGUCAGGUGGUAAAGAAGGCAGGACCUGCAUUAGAUCAUCCCUUUCCUGAUUCAGGGCCAGCAGUUGGGAAUAAACGGUCUGUCAGAGAUAGACUAGGUAGCAUUGCAGAUUCAACAACUGAAUUCAAUAAUAAACGUCAGCGAGGAGAUGGAAGUAGAUUGGGCUCUCGUGCCUCUAGUGGCAUUGAAGAUGGGCGGCUUGGUAAAGAUGACCUGCGAUAUAAAAUCAUGCGGAAAACUGCACUUGACCGAGGCCAAAGCAAUGGCCAGCAGAAUGGGGUGGAUCUUCGUGAUUUCCUAUCAAGGCCUGCUCAGUCUUCAACAGCAAAACCUAGUUCACGGCAGCACAUACCUGAUCAGAGGGAUAAUAGACAACGAGUACCUGAGCCGAGGGAUAAUAGAGCACGAGUACCUGAGCCAAGGGAUAAUAGAGCACGAGUACCUGAGCCGAGGGAUAAUAGACCACGAGUAUCUGAUCCAAGGGAUGAUAGACAGCAUAUGCUUGAUUCAAGAGGUUCUAGAGAAUAUUUGCCUGAAAUCAAAGAUUCAAGACAGUACAUGCCUGAAGCCAGGGAUUUUAGAGGGCACCGUCCGGAGCUAAAGGAUGGUAGGUAUAAUACACCCGAGUCAAGGAGUGUGAGCAUACUGGGACGAGCUCCCUCGGCAAGAAAUGCAGAUGCUUUACCCAUGAUGGACUCAAUAAGGAAUUCUUAUUCCCCCUGGACACUGGAUCGUUUAAGGCGAAGAUCACCAGAUGGAGUUCAUAGUUCUUCUAGAGGUAUUUCACCACCAAGGAGAGGGGAGGAACUGCAGAGAAGACCUCCAGUGACGCCUUAUGAUGACCCGAGACUCAGUUCAUACACAAGGAAAGAUGUCUCUGAGCUUUCACGCCCCAUGACUUCUACAGGUUACCUGUCAAACACAUCCCAACCUGCCGGGCCUGGAAAGACUGUCGCCCCAUUGCGUGCCCCAAUCCCUCAAUCGCGGAGUCUACUGCAGAAAAGUUCAUAUGCAGUUGAGGAUCAACCUACUGUUGAUAGCUUUUUGCACUCGUUGGGUCUAGAGAAAUAUGCUAUCCAUUUCAAGGCUGAGGAAGUGGAUUUGUAUUCACUGAAACAGAUGGGUGACAAUGAUCUGAAAGAGUUGGGAGUUCCCAUGGGUCCGAGAAAAAAGAUUCUGCUUGCAUUAGCAUCUCGUGCCAGGAGACAAGUAUGAUUGCAUGAACUGAUGCAAUUCAGAUACAUUCUGGAGCUUUGGCACAAAAACCAUGAGAGCUGAAGUGAGAUCUUGCAACUCUGCAUAUGCCUUGUAGUCUGUAGAGCAUGUAUUUUCCUUCUCGUUCUAGCUGGGCGAAUCUGUAUGGAUCAGUUGUUAACCCCUUGUCGAUUCUGUAGUUUCCUACAUAGGGCAAAAUAUUUUGCCAAAAGCAGUCUGAUUCUUUUGUUGUUUGCUACUAUUUUGUUUUUG